CCGCACAUUACAUGCAAAGAAAUAUAAUACAAAAUAUUUUAUCGUCAGCAAUGCUAAUUCAUUUCAAUCAAUCCAAUAAAAUUCCAACAUUUACAACGCUUAAAAAAUAUAACAGCGCAAAAUUACUUUAAAUUAAGCAACAUACGACUUUGUCUAUCAUUCUUCGCUGUUCAACAUUGAACAUUUAAAAGUGCACAGUAAAAUAAUGUUGAAUUAUUUUUGACAUUACAAUAAUAUGCAAUACUAUAUGGUUAGAAACAUACAAUACAAUUUUAACUGAUUUUCUGACUGAUUGAGUGCACUUUGGUUGGAGAAAAGUCGGAAAUAUGAAUAUAGCCAGAAAGUAUGCCUCCGCUUUCUCCCACCUCUUAUCAACCCAGGCCGCCUUAAAACAACUCCUCCCUUCUGGCGCCACUAGUCAUCAGUUUGUCAGACAAGCCUCCAAGUUCAGAGCAGCCUUGCUUAAAGAAUUUGGGAAACCGUUGGUUAUUGAAGAGCAGAAACGUCCAAAGCUAAAAAAGGACCAAGUCCGUCUCAGAGUUUAUUGCUGUGGAAUAAAUUCGGUAGAUUUUCACAAUGCGGCCGGAAGCAUCGAACCUAAACCAGAGUUACCGUUUGUCCCGGGUUUUGAGGUAUGCGGCGAAAUUUUAGAAGUUGCACCGGACGAGAAAAAUAAACUUUUGCGACCUGGGGAGAGGGCCAUAGCACUACACAGUCAAUUUAAAGGGGGAUUUGCAGAGGAGAUGAUUGUCUCUAAUAAAGACGUUUGGAUAGUGGACAACUUCAUGAGCUUUGAAACUGGCGCUUCGCUAACUAACUCAUACGCAACAGCAUUACUAGCGCUGACCAGGAGAGCAGAAGUUAAGGACGGGGACACCGUUUUGAUUAACGGAGCAGCAGGUCGUGUUGGUUUGGCAGCGGUCGAUUUGGCUGCGAAUGUUUAUCGCUGUAAAGUCAUUGCUGUGUGUGCCAAUGAUGAGCGGGCUUCCAUUGUUCGAGAUCGUGGAGCUUUCGCAACAGUUGUAAUGUCGCAACAAGAUCUCAUCACGGAAGUUAACAAGAUCACUGAUGGGAAGGGUGUCAAAAUUAUUAUUGACACGAUUGGAGGAGAGAGUUUUAAAAAAGUUGUAAAGUGUGCCGCAGAUGAAGCGAAGAUCGUUGUAGCAGGAUUUGCAUCAAAGAAAAUUCCACAAAUCACUGGGGAUGAAUUGAUGGAAAAUUCAUUUAGCAUUAUUGGAGUGUCUUUAGAUCAAUAUAGGAAGAAGCAGUAUGAUGUAUAUAAACAGUGUGUGACUGAUGUUAUCGAAAUGUCAAAAGAAAAUUUGAUCAAACCACUUAAAGCUAAACAUUUUCCAUUAGAGGAUGUUAAUGAAGCCCUCAAAACGUUAAAAGACAAAAAUUCUAUUGGCAAGUUCGUACUGGACAUCCCUUAAUUAUAGAAUUGAUUUGGUGUAAUGUACACCCUGACUUGAGCCUUGAACAUUUUAUUGAACUUUAUUAUACGCAAUUGUAAAACUAUUUAAUCAGAGAGAGGAAUAUUGUUGUGUCCUAUUGAUCCCUUUGUUUUGGGAUUUAGUCAUGUGUCGAUUUAUAAAUAUUUGAUUAUUAUAGAGUACACGUUACGUAUCAUUAUGUGUUGUAUAACUGCAUUUUGAAUGCAAUCUCAAUGACUUAAUAAACGACGAUUUUUAAAUUCCGAAAAAAA